GAUUCACGCGCCAGCUAGUUUUCUUCCAGCAGCCUUCAGGUGUGCCUCGGCGGUCGUGGCUACAGUCGGCACUACGCCUGUACGUGAUUUUUCGCCGUCGUUUCGACGUUUCGCAAACGAAUCUCGUGCUCUCCACGCGGGAACGAACUUACCUUCGCCUUCCGCGGCUGAUUCGCGUUCGGUUUGUGUGUUUGUUGUAGUUUUUUUUUUGUUCACUCUUCUCUCGCACCAGACGCUGUGUGAAAGUGAUGCGUUUAGGAAAGUGACGGCGCAAUCAAAUAUGUGCAAAUUGGGCUCCCAUGGUGUUGGCCCGUGCGUAUCACGCAAACGAGCGCUGAAGAAUGCAUGCUAGUGUAGGGGAGUGAGUGUGUUGCGUGCUGUUCAGCGCAAAGUUCAGUUCAGAUUUGGCUAACGUUUCGAAACUGUGUCGUUUGUGCAGAAGUGCGCCCUAGUGCUUUCAUGAUAGCGGAUUGAUCGCGGAAGCUUUCAAAAAUUUAGCAGCAAACAGUGAAAUCUCAUUUUUUGCCACACAUAGUGACGAUAUUGUGAACGGUGUGAACGUGUGAGCGUCUGCAGUGUCGUCCUGUUAUUUGUCUUGUGUGUGUGCGCGUCUAAACCUAAAUUUAACGAUGAUCAUGUCAAGUUCCGGUGGUGACACGGGCAGCCGCGAGUGAUCCAUUUCUAGCUCCACUUUCGAAAAGUUACAUACCGUGUACGUUCAGCGCAUCCCCGGGGAUCGCAGCGGCAUCACCAUGGACUCCAAGACCGAGGUCCGCUCGAAACCGAUCCUGAGUCCGACGCGCUCGCUGGACGAAGGCUUCGAGAGCGACCCGGACCGCAUCUCGACCGACUCGGAACUAGCGACGGCGCAAACGACACCGGCCUUCGAUGUGCUGCAGCGUACCGAUCGCGAUGGGGUGCAGCACACGCAGAUCGCACGGCGAACCUCGCCCACCACCACGCAGGACUCGCAGGGCUCGGCCGGCUCGAAGGACAGUGGCCCAGAAAGUAUCCUCUGCCUGGAGGGUGAAAUCGAAAAGGAACUUCGCACCAAGCUCGAGAAAACGACCCUCGGCCGGCCGCCGACCGGACUGCCGAAGCCGAACACCGCCACCGGUGGACAGCAGAUACGGUACCGGCGAAUAAAGACGCGUGCGCCACCGCCCCCAAUCGGUUCCUACUACUACCAGAAGCGUUCCGCAUCGGUUGACAGUGUGAACCGGGCGGGCGGUGCCUCCGCCCACCACGGCCCCAGCAGCCUGUACAAUCUUAGUCUCGAUCCGGGCAGCACGGCGAACCUGCACCUCGAUCUGGCGUCGGGCCCGGUUAGUGUUGGGCCGCCUGGCACCCAGACGGGGCACGACGUCCUGGCCGGCCGGUUCGUGCGCGUCACCGUCGAUCCGCGGCACCAUCAGCCACCCGCCUCGCUGAACCAGUACCGGCUGGCAUCGCUUUCGACGAACAACAUCUACAAAUAUUGUCACGCACCGGCGCCAAUGACCGGCCACUACCAUCAUCUGCACCAGCAGCAGCAGCAGCAGCACCAGCAGCAACAGCAGCAACCCCUCCCGCAUCAUCCGCUGCAUCCGCUGUCCCAUCAUCACCAUCAUCAUCCCUUGCAUCAUCACCAUCACCAGACGCAGCACCAGCAGCAGCUGCAGCAACACUCCGGCCUGCACCAUGGGCACCACCAUCUCAGCUACAUACCGACCUCGGUUGCAUCGGGCGGCGGCGCGGUCGGCAGCGGUGGCAGCAAUCGCAACAAUUUAUACUCAUUACCACCCCAGUACGGAUUAGGCGCGGCCGGGAUGGGUUCUGGGCUGAAUCAGUCCACCGCUGCUGCUGCUGCGGCGGCCUCCUCGAUCGCACCGUCCUCGAUCGCGCCGUCCCACCCGCAGCCGGGCGCAACCGGAUCCGUCGCGAUGUCGGGCGUCGGUCCUGCGGCCGGCUCGGCGGUCCGGAAUUAUCAACAUUUCAAUCAUGUUCCAGUUUGCUGGACUCAAUCGAUACCCAGACAAACGCGAAGAUACAUCACUCCGACGACGCUGCCGCAGGUGAUUGCACCAUCGAACAAAUCCACCAGCACCGGCAUAUCGCAGAAGCUGCGCGACCUGGCGACCUCGGCCGGUUUGCUCACUGCCAAACCGCGGCCACCGCUGAAACCGGUCAUCAAGACGCGCGGCUCCAACAGUACCGAGUUCCCGAAAAAAGUCACAUUCAGUGCUUUUGCAACCGUGCAGGUUGUUUGAGAGGACACGCGGAGGGAAGGGAGCAAGACGGGGGGACAUCUCCGCCCCGGAUCAGCACACACACACUCCAGCACAUCAUCGUCACCGUCAUCCCGCACCAGCACUGGCGUCAUCUCAUCCCGAGGACUCCACGCCCGAAACAACCCACAGAACGGAAUAUCAACUAUUUCUACCGCAGUGUGCCAGCGCACCAUGGAAAUAGUUUCGUUAUUCUGCACCCCCAAAAAAUCGACCCGCAGCCCGCAGACCACACAACGAAAUGAGCAAAAAACCAAAAGAUGUAUAGCUAAACCCUCUGUGGUGAGAGUUGGAUUAGCUGGACAUGCAUCCUGUGCGUAGUGAUGAAAAGACUGUUUUUUUGUUGUUUUUGCCUCCUCUAACAUACUCUCACACAUCCUCACUUGAGUUUGACGUUUGCUACUAGUAAGCGUGAUGUGGCUGGUAGUCAAACAGGCCAGAGAAAAACGAGCGCAAAGUCUGCACCUAACUCGAUCGCAAAUCGAUCGCGGUAGAUGCGUGCCGCGCAGAUUGGCUCCUUCGGAACCGACGCGUUACAUCAUGCGCCAACCUGGACGGGCACCGUACCCUUUCAGACCGGACUGGCUCUGCUGCAUGGCACUAUCAGCAGCAGGUUACACGGUGCAAUCGAUCGUUCGAUCGCGUUUCGCGCCACUUGUGUAGCAAUUUGUGAUGUGUUGUUUUUUUUUUCCUACCACUCUCCUCUCUCUGAGCUUCUCUCGGUUGCCCCGUAGACCUUUUUUCUUCCUAAUUUGUCCCAGUCUGCAGCUAAUCUUCAACAUACUGUUCGGCGGUGUAGAAUGUAGUGUAGCACCAACAACAACAACAAAAAC